CUGGUGGCGGGUCUUGUGCCUAUGUUACUGGUUUAUGCAUUUUUAGAAUUUCCUCCCUUUCCUUAUAAAAAGAAAAUUCCUCCAUUUCCGAAAUCUGUGGUUUUAUUCUCUUAUGAUCGAGAUGUCUGGAUAUAAAUGCCAGUUUGCAAGGUGUUAAGGAGUUGAAUGCACUUAGAGCCUGUUAGUUUUUAUUAUCCUUUUAGAGCCUAAAUUUACUAGUAAUGUGUUGGCCAUGUUCCUUCCCUAUGUUUGCUAUAUCAGGUUUGAAGAUCUGAAAGACCAGCUAAGAAAACGCAUGUUUAAGAAGCGCAGAGUUCGAAGACUUAGAUUUGUGAUUUUUAAUGGAUUAUCUAUUGAACUUAACACCUAUGCUUUGAUCCGUCCAACUAAUCCUGGGACAAUAACUUGGCUUGACUCGAUGACCAAUCUUCCUUUAACGACAGAGAGAUCCUUCAUAUGUGCUGAUACUGCUGCUAUAAUUCAGGAGCCUGUAAAGCGCUUUCAAUCUUACAAGAACGAGAACGUCAUGUUUUCUGUGGAUGAGCUUUCAGAAGUCAAGAGAGUUUCAACUGGACAUCUUCGUCUUCUGGGCUUCAAGCCUUUGAGCUGUUUAAAGGAUUAUCAUAACCUGAAGCCAGCAACUUUUGCCUUUCCCAGUGAUGAGGAAAUGAUUGGAAGCACUUGUCUUUUCGUUGCACUCCACAGAUCAAUGGUGCGGCUUAAGCGCUUUGCAGUUGCUUUCUAUGGGAAUUCAAGUCAUCCUCAAUUGGUUGCUCUUGUUGCACAAGAUGAAAUAACGACUCCUAGUGGUCAAGUCGAGCCACCAGGGAUGCAUCUCAUUUAUCUUCCAUAUUCUGACGAUAUCAGACAUGUUGAAGAGCUUCAUACUGAUCCAAAUUCCGUACCUCAUGCGACUGACGACCAGAUAAAGAAGGCCUCUGCUUUAGUGAGACGGAUUGACCUCAAAGAUUUUUCUGUGUGCCAAUUUGCCAAUCCUGCAUUGCAGAGACAUUAUGCAGUAUUACAAGCUCUUGCACUUGAUGAAGACGAGAUGCCUGAAAUUAAAGACGAGACUCUUCCCGAUGAAGAAGGGAUGGCCAGGCCUGGUAUUGUCAAAGCAUUGGAAGAAUUUAAGCUCUCUGUAUAUGGAGAGAACUAUGAGGAGGACGAUGCAAAAACUGAUGGAAAAGCUGAACCCUCUAGGAAACGGAAAGCAAAUGCUAUGAAAGAAUAUUCCAACUAUGACUGGUCUGACCUUGCAGAUAAUGGGAAGUUAAAGGAUUUAACAGUUGUAGAGCUGAAGUAUUACCUAGCUGCACAUAACAUUCCGGUCACCGGAAAGAAAGAAGCCUUGAUUAGUAGGAUCUUAACUCAUAUGGGUAAGUGAGUUGUAACUAUUUCAGAUCUUUUGGCUGUUUGCCAUAAGUUUGUACAGUAUACACUCUUUUUUGUAGCUUGUUAAGUAGUUAAUCUUUCUUUCAGUAUGAGACUUGUACCUCUGGCAUUGUUUUGGAAAUUAAGUGUUAUUGUCAUCUGUUGUUGCAUGUA